AUGUUGCGAAUUAUGAGGAAACUUUUGCUGAAUGCAUUGAAGUCAUCAAGUUUGCGCAGUGAGCAUAUGUUUUUCAGGAAGACAAAAAUGAGAGCUGUGAAUGAGACACAGCAAAACUGCAGUCUAAGAAACUACAGUUCUCCACCAGGUGAUGUUAAGUCUCUACGUUCUGUUAUUAAUCCUGAUAUAUCCAGAAUCCGAAACAUUGGCAUUAUGGCCCACAUUGAUGCAGGGAAAACUACGACAACAGAGAGAAUGCUGUAUUAUUCUGGAUACAUAAGAACACUUGGAGAUGUUGAUGAUGGAGACACAGUGACAGAUUUUAUGGUACAGGAGCGAGAACGUGGUAUUACCAUUCAGUCUGCUGCUGUUACAUUUGACUGGAAGGACUACAGAAUCAAUCUGAUUGACACCCCAGGUCAUGUGGACUUCACAGUGGAAGUCGAGCGUUGCUUGAGAGUCCUGGAUGGAGCUGUAGCGGUGUUUGAUGCUUCAGCUGGUGUUGAGGCCCAAACUCUGACAGUGUGGAGACAAGCAGACAAACAUCAGAUACCACGAGUUUGCUUUUUGAACAAGAUGGACAAAACCAGGGCGAGUUUUACAUAUGCUGUUGAGAGUAUCAAACAGAAGUUGAAGACAAAACCUUUGCUUUUACAGUUGCCCAUUGGGGAAGCCAAGACCUUCAGAGGACUGGUUGAUGUUGUGACUAAGGAACAAAUCAUUUGGAAACCUACUUCUGAUAUGGAUGAUGGAAAAAAAUUUGAGCAAAAGCCACUGCUGGAGGCUGAUGAUCCCAGCCUGUUCCAAGAAGUCCAGGAUGCCAGAAAUACCUUAAUAGAACAAGUUGCAGAUCUGGAUGAUGAAUUUGCUGAACUGGUUCUAGGUGAAUAUAGUGAAAAUUUUGACUUAAUACCAGCUGACAAGUUACAGUCUGCUAUCCGCAGAGUCACGCUAGCGCAGAAAGCGGUCCCUGUACUGUGUGGCAGUGCGCUGAAGAACAAGGGAGUGCAGCCCUUGCUGGACGCUGUUACUAUGUACUUGCCAGCACCUAAUGAGCGUUCGUAUGAGUUUCUACAAUGGUACAAGGAUGACCUGUGUGCCCUAGCGUUUAAAGUUCUCCAUGAUAAAUGUCGUGGACCAUUAGUUUUCAUUCGCGUUUACUCAGGUUCACUGAAACCUCAAUCAGCUGUAUACAAUAUUAACAAAAGUUGCACGGAAAGAAUGAGCCGAGUGCUCCUGCCUUUUGCUGAUCAGCAAAUUGAAAUACCAUCACUAAUGCCUGGCAACAUUGCCCUUACUGUUGGGUUAAAACAGAGUGCCACUGGAGAUACCAUAGUGUCAUCAAAGGCUUCAGCAGUAGCUGCGGCACGUCGAGCUGGAAGGGAUGCUGGGAGAGAGAAGAGGUCUACCAGUGACAUAGAGAGCCUUCUGCUGGCAGGCGUUGAGAUCCCUGACCCAGUCUUCUUCUGUACAAUUGAACCUCCUUCAAUGGCCAAACAACAAGACUUGGAUAAUGCUCUGAGCUGCCUUCAGCGUGAAGAUCCAAGUUUAAAAGUGAAGCUAGAUCCGGACACAGGACAAACUAUUCUUUGUGGCAUGGGAGAACUACACAUAGAGAUCAUUCAUGACCGAAUCAAACGUGAAUAUGGAAUUGAAACUUAUUUGGGACCUCUUCAGAUAGCGUACAGAGAAACCAUACUGAAUGCUGCCCAAGCUACAGAUGUAUUGGACAAAACAGUGGGAGAUAAAAGACACUUUGUUACUGCAGAGUUAGAGGUGAGGCCCACGUUAGGGGAGAGAGCAAUGACAAAACCUGUCAUUGAGUAUGCUGCGAGUGUCGUUGAAGUGCUACCCAAAGAACUCCAAGGAGCUGUAGAAAAUGGAAUUACGAAUUCAUGCAUUCAAGGACCCUUGCUUGGAUUCCCGGUUCAGGGUAUAGAUGUGACAGUGCAAUCACUGACAGUGCAUCCUGACACCUCCCACACAAUGAUAUCAGCCUGUGUCUCCCGUUGCAUGCAGAAGGCUUUGAAAAAAGCUGGUAUACAAAUACUGGAGCCCCUGAUGAACCUAGAAAUCACAGUAAGUGAAGAUCAUCUCAGCGCAGCACUCGCUGACCUUGCACAGCGGAGAGGUAGUAUUCAGGAAAUCCAGAGUCGUCAAGAUAACAGGGUUGUGGUUGCUGCUGUUCCACUAGCAGAAAUGAUGGGCUACUCAACAGUUUUGCGUUCUCUAACAUCAGGCUCAGCAACCUUCACUUUGGAGCUUGCAAGUUAUCAAGCCCUGAACAGUCAAGAGCAAAGUGCACUUCUUCAGAGGAGGAUGGGGUUGGUGUGAUUGCUUCACGCUGCAGAACAUUAAUGGUAUUUUCUGUCCUCUCUGUUAAGUAUUUUCAGGAGCCU